CCGUAACCUAGCUAUUUAAUCGACACUGAUUCAGCAGCUAGCUCUUUUCUCCGUGUCUCAAUCCGUUGAUUUUGGGACCUUGCUCAUGAUACAAGAUGGCAAAUAACGGCUACAUGCCCUCGGCUGCCGCCGUCAAUGUCGAGGAGAAAGAGGAGGCCAAGGCCCAGGAGGAUGAAUUCGGAGCCAAGGACUUUCGCUCGCAAAUGAAGCUUCGACCCGAUCACGAAUCACGCCCACUGUGGGUAGCUCCCAACGGCCACAUCUUCCUAGAAACAUUCUCGCCCGUGUACCGACACGCUCAUGAUUUUUUGAUUGCUAUUUCCGAGCCCGUGUGUCGACCGGAGUUCAUUCACGAAUACAAGCUGACUUCGUACUCAUUGUAUGCGGCUGUGAGCGUCGGCCUGCAAACCAAUGACAUCAUUGAGUAUCUAACUCGUCUGAGUAAGGCUUCAAUCCCCGAGGGCAUUGUAUCUUACAUCAAGAUGUGUACCCUGUCCUACGGUAAAGUCAAGAUGGUCCUGAAGCAUAAUCGGUACUUCGUGGAGUCCAGCCAUCCAGAUUGUCUUCAGAAGCUCCUCAAAGAUCCAGUGGUUCAAGAUUGCCGACUGAGACAAGCCCAACAAUCCAACACAACCGACGAUGGACUCAUUAGCGAAGAACAAACCAAGCUGAGUGCUCCCCAAUUUACAACCAUUCCCAAAAACGAUGGCCAGACUGGCACAAAUCAAUCCGCUGAAAAUCCGCCCGAAGUCGAGCCUCCCGCUAAUGUGCCGGAUGAUAUUACGAGCUUCUAUCAGAAAAUGGACGAGGAUGACGAAGAUGAAGCUACUACUCAAGGAAACACCAUCAAAACCGUCUCGUUUGAGGUGGACCAAGAGAAACUCGAGGUCCUUCAAAAGCGCACCAUGGAGUUGGAUUUUCCAUUGUUGGCUGAAUACGAUUUUCGUCACGAUGACCUCAAUCCGGAUAUCAAUAUCGACUUGAAACCCGCGGCUAUGCUGCGGCCUUAUCAGGAGAAAUCUCUUCGAAAAAUGUUUGGUAACGGGCGGGCUCGAUCGGGAGUGAUUGUGUUACCUUGCGGUGCUGGCAAAUCCUUAGUGGGAGUGACGGCGUUGACGGCGUGUUGCACCGUGCGAAAGAAAGCCAUUGUGUUGUGCAACUCCGGUGUGUCUGUGGAACAGUGGAAAACUCAGUUUAAGCAAUGGUCCACGGCUGACGACUCCAUGAUCUGCCGUUUCACAUCGGAUGCCAAAGACAAGCCAAUGGGGUGCAGUGUAUUGAUAACGACCUUUAACAUGAUUACCCACACUCAAAAGCGUUCUUGGGAAGCUGAGCAGACCAUGAAGUGGAUCCAGGAUCAAGAAUGGGGCAUCAUGGUGCUCGACGAGGUCCACACGAUCCCGGCCAAGAUGUUUCGACGCGUUUUGACUCAAGUCCAAUCUCAUUGCAAGCUCGGUUUGACCGCUACCCUUGUUCGAGAGGAUGACAAAAUCGCCGAUCUGAACUUUUUGAUCGGUCCAAAACUAUACGAGGCGAAUUGGUUGGAGCUUCAGCAGCACGGAUUCAUCGCUCGCGUCCAGUGUGCCGAAGUUUGGUGUGAGAUGAGUCCCGAAUUUUACCGCGAGUAUCUCUCUAUUGGGAGUAUGAAGAAAAUGCUCCUGUGUGUAAUGAAUCCGAACAAGUUCCGUGCCACUCAGUUCCUCAUUGACUAUCACGAGAGGAGGAAUGACAAGAUCAUCGUGUUCUCCGAUAACGUGUUCGCUUUGAAGCAUUAUGCCAAAACAUUGAACAAGCCCUUCAUCUACGGUCCCACCUCUCAGAGUGAGCGGAUUCAAAUCAUGGAGAACUUCAAGUUCAACCCCAAGGUGAACACGAUUUUCGUGAGCAAGGUGGCCGAUACGUCAUUCGAUUUGCCUGAUGCCAAUGUGCUAAUUCAAAUCUCGUCCCACGGUGGAUCCAGACGUCAGGAAGCCCAGAGAUUGGGCCGUAUUUUGCGUGCCAAGAAAGGAGCCAUUGCCGAAGAGUUCAACGCGUUCUUUUACACCCUGGUCAGCCAAGACACUAGUGAGAUGUCCUUUUCACGAAAACGCCAGCGUUUCUUGGUGAAUCAAGGUUACGCCUACAAAGUAGUGACACGCUUACCGGGCAUUGAGAACGCCCAACUACUCUACAAAUCUCGCGAGGAGCAAGUGCAGCUCUUGCAACAAGUGUUAGCCGCUUCCGAUGCCGACAUUGAGGAUGAGGAGAAGUUCCUAGCAGCCAGUGGGGGUCGAGGACUCAAACGUCAAGCAGGGAGCAUGGCCUCCAUGUCCGGAGCCGAUGACAAUCUCUACAUCGAAGGACGACGAGGCAAAAGCAGCGGGCUCAAACACCCGCUGUUUAAAAGAUUUCGUAUGUGAUGUUUACGUGAAAUCACGAUGUGUUGGAAAAUAUAUAUAUAUAUAGUACUUUCGAGUCCACAAUUUUA